CAUUGUGUUAAACUUCAUAGGUGGCUGGGAUUGUUGGCAGAGCUGACGUGUUAGCGUGUCUCCUGUUCCUGUUGGCGUUCCUCUCCUACAAUAGGAGUCUGGAUCAGUGUUGUGCUGGGGAAUGUUUCCCUCUCACGGCUUCUCCCUUCUUCUUGCUGCUCAGUUUGUUUCUGGGGACCUGUGCAAUGCUGGUGAAAGAGACGGGAAUCACCGUGUUUGGAGUGUGCUUGGUUUAUGACCUCUUCUCCCUCUCCCACAACCAUACAUGACGAGCAACGGGGUCAUCCAUCAGCAUGGCCUACAGCAGCCUGGGAGCCCCCAGCCCUCCUCACUGGCAGCCCACUCCCACCGGGAGAACGGGAAGCAGCGGUUCCCUCACAAGGGAGUGUGGGGUGGCUGCCAUUCCUCACUUCCACCAGCACCCAAGAGCAGUGGAUUCCCGGUGUCACCGCGAGCUGUGUGGUCCCUGAUGAGAUACACAGCAGUGCACUCUACCUAUGUUUUUCGCUGUUCUUCUCUUGGCGGCCACCCUCCACAUUGUGCAUUCCUCUCUUUGUUCAACUUGUUUUGGAGAGAUUAACUCGAGGAGUCAAAACUAGUGAACUCCGUACGAUGUGUCUUCAGGUUGCAAUUGCUGCCUUGUACUAUAACCCUGAUUUGCUGCUACAUACUUUCGAGUGAAUUCAGUUGCCUCACAACCCUGGACCUAUCACUGUACAGUUUAUAAACCAGUGGAUGAACGAUACAGAUUAUUUUCUUGGGCAUCAUGAUCGGAAGAUGUGUAUAAUAGGACUGAGUAUCCUUUUUGAAUUGCAAAAUCGACCUCCUGCAGUAGAAGCUGUGGUGGGACAGAUUGUCCCUUCAAUACUUUUCCUUUUCCUUGGCCUAAAGCAGGUCUGUGCCAGUAGGCAACUGGUAAACCGGGAAGAUCGCUCAAAAGCAGAGAAAGUUGACAUAGAAGAAAAUGGUAAAGUCUUAUAUGGUGCUAGAAUUGAUUGUGAUUUGAGCAUUGUUUUCUUUGACUUUUAGUCUGUUUGGCUUCAUUAAACAGAUUUACAUUCUUUGGCUUGCUGAACAUUUGACAAAUCUCUUGGACUUGAUUGACUUGUUAAUUGUAUCAUGUGGGAUAACAGAUUUGUGUACUUCUUGAAACUGUAAACUGAACUAUUUUUAAACCUGAGCCUAAUGGAUGUUUUUAUACCUGGUAAAUGUAUUUGUAACAUAUGGUCUUGCUACACAUUAACAACUUAGUAUUUUAUUUUCUUGUUAAUGCUAAUAGACUAAUUGAAGGCAGCAGCCAUGAAUUAAAUGAAACACUAGAUUAAGAACAGUGGAGAUUGAUU